AUGGAUGAAAAAAGAUCAAUACAUACGUCUUCUAAACUUGGAGAAGAUAAGCUUGUCACGAGAGAACCUUCGAAAAAUGCAAAAGGAGACAGCGAAGAUCCCAUUGGCUCAUCUCGUCCUCACAUUUUCAAACGGGAAAAAUAUAAAAUUGGAUACAAGCAAAUAACGAGUGAUCAGUACUUCGGUAAAUCAGAAUCAAUUUCGGAAUCCUCUGAUACAUUUCAUUGCUUCCACGGCUCGCGGGGGAAGCUUCACACGAAAGAGGGUAUUCUUAAACGAAACUUGACAAAGGAGUUGGAUCCUAUUCAAAUUCCUAGCAAAUGGAGUGAUAAAUGUCGGCCUACCAGCGGAUGGGAGGUGGCGGCAACCCUAGAGUUCAUGACUACAGAACCAAUGGCACAGCAAACUGACAGAAUAGAAGCUUACAUCCGUGAUUUCUCAAAAAUAUCUCGUCAUGGAUAUAAAAUUGAAGUUCUAAAAAGUUUGUGUGUUGUCAUGGAAUACCUAGUGGAGAAUUUAGGCAAAAAGCCUAAUUUACGAGAAGGGACUGUCCUUCUCUUGAAGAAUUUGGAUAAACCAAUUUUGUUAACCGUUGCCUCUGACGUCGUUUCACAAUUUGACGAACUCACAAGAUAUAUCGGAUUUCUGAGUUACCUUCUCAUUCGGAUGGAGGAAGACGAGUUGUUCGACUAUGUAGCACGCGGUUUGCUAUGGCAACUAUCAGCCAAAGAUGCGGACCGCGGUGCAGGCGCGGUGCCGCUGCAGGUGGUGCUCCACGCCGCAAGUCCGGCACUGCACACUGCGGUGCGCAUGCUGGCCCUUUCUUCGUCUCAUCGAUUCCCCGUCUUCCUGCAAAUUACUUUGUUUAUGGCCUGUGACUCCGCCGCUUAUUGUAUUGAAAUGAUCAAAGAAAAUGUAAUUGAGAACAUAUUUUACCGAUUCAAUCCUUACUUCCCUGAGGACGAGUUGCCUGCUUACGAAAACAACCCGGCUGACCCGCAGGACUACAACGUCAAACUAGGAGACAGCAGCAUUAACCUGUCAACGACAAUGACUUUGCUUCUCGUACUUGUACAAGCUCUAAAAAACUAUUUAGCUGAAAAUGUUACCUGUCAUUCUCUACUUCCGUCUCCAGAUUACUACUCUCAAAGAUGCUUUAUUUGGGCGUAUCGCUUCGAAUGUCGCGCUCGGGAACAUCAACACGAGAGAAGCACACUGACCGUUAUCACGCAUGCGCUCCUCCACUGCUUUGGUGACCGGCUGAUGGCUUUCUCUUCUUUAUUAAUGCCAGAUGUAAUGACAUUGUCCGUGCUUACUGAGGUUCCUCGCAGACGAGAUUGGACUCGGACAGUCAACUUCAACACUACCCAAGCAGAUCUUCUCUUCAAAAAAGUUUUGAUUUACUUAUCUGUGGAAUUCCUUAAAACUAUACCAGUUAAUAGCUUUAUGGUGGAGUCUCAGAACUGGCUAUUGGGUGUAAUGUUUUUGCUAGAUCCCGGUCUGAGUCCACUUAGAGCUCACUGGUCACCGGCUCUUUUUUCCGAUCUCCGAAAGACGGCGUUGCAGGCUUUGGUCAGUACACUGCCCGUCGUGCCGCCAAGAUUAGUUCGAGAAUACGCAAUAAUAAGAAGGAUAUUGUGGUAUAUUGAAUGGUAUUCGGAGAGCCCUUACGAACUCCCGACGCUGUAUUGGUGCGUGCGUCUGCUGCAAGUGGCUACCCAUGAUCGCCACAUUGCUUCGAGACGAGACUCCGUGAGAGACUUGUUUAACACUCACGGAAUCAUAAUACUGACGCACCUGUGUUACACGCUGCUGAAGCAGAGAUGUCCGCCGGUGGAAAAGAGUCAAGUCAUUAUCGCGCUCUGUCUCCGCGUUCUCACGAGCGCUGUGGAAGCCGACACGCGAGUCAGCUGUUGUGUAUAUCCGCGGCUCAGCUGGCCCGCCUCCGUCUGUACGCUAGCCAGCAGGAUGCUGAACGUCGUUAUUUUCUCGCUCAACAAGCAUCUAAUUAUUUCAGAUAGGUGGCUGAUAUCUUUGUUAAACUUUAUCUGGGAGGCAAUCGUUUGGCAAAAAGAACACAGAGCACGUUUCAUCAUAAACAACGGUGUUUAUAAUCUUUUGGAUAUCAUAACGGUUAGCAAAGCUUCGGUCCAGUGCCUCGCCCUGGCGGUGCUAUGCGACGUCGUGCGCAGCGGAGACGCGGUUGCUCAACUGGUGACCUGGCGGCCUAGUCUGGUGAUCUUAAAUUCUUAUCCGUGUAUGGUGAAGCGAGGAUCUUCAAUAGCGGCUCUUAUGGCGGCCGUGUUCAGGGACGAGUGUCAGUCCGAUGGAAUACCACUUGACGAACACGGUGUUAUAAAAAAUUUGGAUAGUCCCUUUCAAUCGCCAGAAUCACAGAUGACAAUAUAUAAUCAGAAUUGCCCAGAAAUAAAAAGUCGACGCACGCCCGAGUGCGUGCCCGCGGCAACAACAGCUGGAUCGCGGGUGUCUAAGGUUUUUGCACUUUUACAACUAUUAUCUGAAGAUUUAAAAAACAAAGUCGCUCUGGCGGACGAGGCUUACAACUUGUAUAAAAAUAUACGACUCGAACCGGAAGACGAGGUAAUCCUAGUACUGUGCUCUCAUUAUCUAACGAUUGAGCUUAACGAGACUUGGUCGGAAACGAAAGUAAAAAUACCACGACUGUUGGUGCAAGAUGAAGCUAUUUUUAACGAGUUUCUAGAAAUAAAUGGCGGCUGGGCACUGGACAUAAGACGACAACAACAACAAGUUUUGGAAAAUCGUCACAAAAGAGAAAUGGAAGAUGAAAACUCCUUGUAUGUCUUCCUACAGCGAGUGCAACUUAACGUAGCACUAGACGCUCUACGAGAAGUCCGCUGCGCGGCGAGAAGCGCUCGCACGCCCCACCUAGGUCCGCAAGGCGACGUCGCGCUCGAGGACGACGCCUCACUUAUCCGCACCUACCGUCCACCACUCGAUGACCAAAAUGUUACCGGCCAGUGCGUGAAGUUGUACAGCAUUCAACCAAAGAAUGACUCGUCUGGGAAAAAUAUAGGUUCUCAGACAUAA